AUGAGUUGGAUGUUCCUCAGAGACCUCCUCAGUGGCGUGAAUAAAUAUUCAACUGGAAUUGGGCGGAUAUGGCUAGCUGUCGUAUUCAUCUUCCGUUUGCUGGUCUACAUGUUAGCAGCUGAGAAUGUGUGGAAAGAUGAGGAGAAAGAGUUUGAGUGCAACAGUAGACGGCCUGGUUGUAAAAAUGUGUGUUUUGACUACUUCUUCCCCAUCUCCCAAGUUCGGUUUUGGGCCUUGCAGCUGAUCAUAGUCUCCACACCGUCACUUCUGGUGGUUCUAUAUGUAGCCUACUGUGAAGGUAGAGAGAAAAAGAACAGAAAGAAACUCUAUGUCGGCCCCGGUGUGAUGGAUGGGGGCCUGUGGUACACUUACUUUUUCAGUAUCAUUGUUAAAAUUGUUUUUGAAAUUGGCUUUCUGGUUUUAUUUUAUAAGCUGUAUGGUGGCUUUAGUGUUCCUUACUUCAUGAAGUGUGAGCUGAAGCCUUGCCCCAACACUGUGGACUGCUUCACUUCCAGACCCACGGAGAAAACGAUCUUCAUCCUUUUCUUGGUCAUUACCUCAUGCCUAUGCAUAGUGUUGAAUUUUAUUGAAUUGAGCUUUCUAGUUCUCAGGUGCGUUGCUAAGUGCUGUCUCCAACAAUCCUCUAAAAAAUGCAGGUCCUCAGUGUGUGAGUAUCACAACUUCAGAAACGUCAAAUGUGGUGAGAUAGGGGGCCCUCCCUUACUCCAGGACCACAAUUCAGACUCAUAA